AUGGCAGCACUCAAAUCCCUUAGCUCCCCAGUAGCAGUGCUUCUCUUGCUCACUGCACUUGCAGUGCAGACUCAACUGGCUCACUCGCAGCAAUGCACAUCCCAGCUCAAUAACCUAAAUGUGUGUGCACCAUUUGUGGUACCUGGUGCUGCUAACACCAACCCGAGUGCUGAGUGUUGUAAUGCACUGGAGGCAGUGCAACAUGACUGCCUCUGCAGCACUCUCCAGAUCUCGUCUCGCCUUCCUUCUCAAUGCAAUCUUCCACCUCUCACUUGUGGUAACUAG